CGUACAUCUAGAGAGUGAAAUUCCUAUGCUCUCAUAUAUGGCCAUCGAACUCGAUUCUAACAUAGUUCUUCAUUUGAAAUUUAUCUUUGUAUGGAUUUUAGUGAUGCCUCAACUCACAGAUGGCGGAAGUGUCACAUGGUACGAACCUACUCCUGUGAAGACAACAACGCGUCCAUAUGAAGUGCUUUCCCCUGGCAUCGUACAGGUUUUAGAAGGAUCUUCUGUCGCACUGAACUGGAACUACAGUCUGCCGUUAGGUUUCUUUAUGGCUAUGAUAAAAUUUAAUGGUGAUGGUAUAGCCAUGAUUAGCGCCGGUGGACUAGUUGGUGCUCUUAAUGCACAUUUUCAGGAACGGUUCAACGUUAGCUCGACUCUUGGAAGAGCGUCUUUGUUUAUCUAUAACGUAACGGUUGCAGACGAUAAGACUAAUGGAGAAUUUACCUGUGAGUUACUUGAUUCCAAUGAUAUCUGGAAACGAGCAAUUCAAUUGGAAGUCAUAGUGCCAGCUAAGGUAACUAAUAUCACCGGCCUAAAAACUGUACAAGAAGGCAGUAACCUACUGUUAACCUGUAAAACAUCUGGGAAACCAGCACCAAACAUUACUUGGACCAAAGAAAAGCUAGUCUUGCAAGGAAAUACUGAAUCACUACAACAGGGAGCUAGGCUGAAUAUAAGAAACAUUGGCAGGAAUGAGUCAGGAACAUUCUACUGUAAAGCAUAUAAUGGCUUUGGAAACCCAGACAGUCAGGCAGUUGAUGUGGAUGUCACUUAUGCAGUUAAGAUUGUUAAAUUUCAACCAGAGUAUAUUGUUGUUGUACAACAAAGUGUAACUCUUACCUGUGAAGCAGAAGGAAACCCUCCUCCUACUUACACUUGGACUCCAUGUGACCCAGAACAAGUUUGCAACAAGAAUACUCUUCAUAUUACACAAGUCCUUAAUGAUGCCAACUAUACCUGCAGAGUGGCCAAUGAAUUUAGUAGUGAUGUAAAAGAUGCCAGUGUCUACAUUGGAGGAAAUGUGAUUAAUAUAACCAUUGUCAUCACCAGUGAAAGUUGUACUGAUGGAAAAUACAACCAAUCCUCAUUACUGAUGAAACUCAAAGAACUGAUGAAAGUGGUCUUUGUUAGUAGACCUGGUUACAGGAGUGUGGAAUUGAAAAGUGGAAUCAGGUGUGGAAGUAUAACUGUUGACCUAGCACUAAUAUUCAACUCCACAACAAGAGAGCAAGAUGUUAUUAGAUUUCUUUGGAAUGCUGCCAAAGAUGGGAAACUUGGACAGUUCGAUGUAAGUGCCAUACACGGGACAAGAUCUUCGGUUGAUUUCGAAAUUGGAACAACUGCAGCAGCAGGCACAGUUAUAUCACCUGGAAGUGCCACAGGGAUUAUUGUUGGUGCAGUGGUUGGAUCAGUUGCCACAGUGGCUGUAGCUGUUGGAAUAUUUGUUUUUUUCGUAUGGAAGUCAAGAAGGCGUCGCAGCAAGAAAUCGAAUAGGACAGCAAAAAGAGAGAGGAGAUAUGGAAAAUCAACGGAAGAAAGAGGAAUUUGUGAUACUGAGCGUGAAAAGCCUCAAGGUCAGCAGUACAUGGCAUUGGAUGAGAGGGCUCGACGCGCUGAACCAGUCAGUGAAUACGCCUCUUUAAAUCCAUCUACACGCUAUUGGGAGAUUCCUACAGAGCACGUGACUAUAGAAAAGAUCGUUGGUAAAGGUGCUUUUGGUCAGGUUGCCAAAGCAACAGUCAUAGGCCUCCACGGAAGACUAAAGAAGACACUUGUUGCUGUCAAGAUGUUGAAAGCUGACGCUUCUGCAUUAGAGAGGAAGGACUUAUUGUCCGAACUUGAUUUGAUGAAGCAACUGGCGCCUCAUCCUCAUGUCAUUAAACUACUGGGAUGUGUCACAAAAUCUGGGCCAUUAAUGGUAUUGAUUGAAUAUGUUCCAUAUGGGGAUCUGCUUGGUUACCUGAGAAAGAGCCGUGGAUUAAACGACACUUACUACAAAGACCCGGACGUCAAGCCACAAACAAAUCUGACAUCGCAGCAGCUUAUGAAAUUUGCGUGGCAAGUUGCCGAUGGAAUGUCGUAUUUGUCAUCGAUAUCAAUUAUCCAUCGAGACCUUGCAGCUCGUAAUGUGUUGAUUGGAGAAGGGGAAAUGUGUAAAGUAACAGACUUUGGUAUGGCCAGAGAUGUCCAAGAGGACAACAUUUAUCAACGGAAGUCAAAGGGGCGUCUCCCUGUCAAAUGGACUGCCAUUGAGGCAUUGCUGUACGGAAAAUAUUCCACAAAGAGCGAUGUGUGGAGCUACGGAGUUCUACUCUAUGAGAUUUUCACGAUUGGUGGUUCACCUUAUCCAAGGAUGGAUGGAAGAAAAAUUGCAAAGUUGCUAGAGGAGGGAUACAGAAUGCCUAAACCACAACAUGUGGAUGAGAAGUUGUAUAAAAUAAUGGCAAACUGUUGGAAAGACGAGCCUCACUUGAGACCAUCUUUUGAGAAGUUGAGAAACGAACUCAAAGAAAUGGAAAACCAGCACAAGGGGCUGAUAAACUUAAACAAUUACGACGAUCGACUCUACGUUAAUGUUGACGAUCUUGCUGUGUAAGCGAUUGCAUUCUCAUGGAGCAAAGGAUGGAGUGAUAAAUCUUGCAGCGCUAUGAUAUGCAAUUUUCCCUGUGUAUUUGAAGUUAAACUUUCAUUCUAUGUUAAUACAAAACAAGCUAUUGAACAGCGAAGCGAGGAACAGCUGUACAGCUUUUUUAAAACUUUAUGUUGAAAAGACAAAUGAUUUUUUGGAAAAGCAUAUCAAAGUAACUUUUUAUCGGUGAUAUAAAUGAAAAUUAAUUUUUGAGAGUAAACAUCUAUUUUCGUGUAAAGUGUUAAAAAAAGGAAAAUUGUUUCAAUUGUCUCUUUUUCGGAGGCUAAAAUAAAUGACAAAAUAUGAAAAGACACUCAGUAUAGUGAACGUAAAAGAUUAACUGUUGAGGAACCCGCUCUAUUGAUCAGAAAUUUUUUGUUACUUAUGUAAUUCAGUGCGAAGGCUGAGAAGCCCGACUAAGCCCCAAGGAAACGGCAAUUCCUUUUGCUUUGCUCUUCUAGCAAAUGAACAUCAGUCCUUGAGGAACUUAUAACAAUAAUAGUGUUGUUAUGACAAAUUUAUUUGACGGUUGUUUUUUUUAAUUGCACUCUUAAUUACAGGAAUUGUUUAUUAAGCUAAUGAUUGAACAAAAAUAUUUUUCUUUUGUUAUUUAAACGGUUGCUUUUCGCUCAAAUUUUCGUGUUAGUUUGAAACAUUUUCGGGAUCAAUAUCAGUAUCUAAGCAACUGCCCCUCCCCUAACCCAACAACAGCCUAUUGAUAACAAGUUAGGGUUAAUGUUGGGUUAGGGGAGGGGUAGGUGGGCAGUUGCCCAGAUACUGAUAUUGAUCCCAUUUUUCUGUGUGUGUGUAACCGUCGGAAAGCGCGGAAUAAAGUUUGUGAGUUGUACAACGUCGUAAAAAUUAAUAAAUAGUUUUCA